CCUUUACUUAAAUUUGAUUACCCACUAUAGGUAAACCUUCUAUAGCCCCGGCUUCCAACCAAGAAAAUGCUUCACUGAAUGCCUCUGCGGCCCAGGAGAAGAAUCUAAUACUGAUGACAAGGACAUGAUAAAUGCUUACAAUGAGAUUAAGAGAAUGGCUGAAUGUGCCAAGUUUCCUGAAAGCAUUGUGGAUAAGAGCUGGGACUUGUAUAAACGGGCACAAGAGAAUAAUCAACUCACGUUCACAAGCGACGCAGUAGCAUCUGCGUGUUUGUACAUAGCCGCUCGCCAGGAAAAAAUGGCGCUCUCCUUAAAAAACAUGUGUCAAAUCAGCAAAUGUAGCAAGAAACGUAUAGGCAAAUGUUUCGUAAAGACCUUGAAAGUUCUAAACAUUCAGCUGGAGCCUGUGUACUUGGACCCGUCUUUGAGAAGUCUGUGCAGUGACUUGGAUUUGCCUGUUGUGGUUUCGAGGAUGGCUCAUCACAUCGUACAGAAAGCUGAGGCGAUGAAGAUUGCGCCACAGUGUGAUGACCAGGCAAUUAUGGCUGCGGCCAUUUUUAUGGCUUCUCAGGUGUCAAACGAUAAGCGGACCCAGAAAGACGUGGAGAAUAUCUCAGGAGUAUCUGGCGAGUCCAUUCAGGAAGCGUAUAGGCUCAUGUACCCUCACGCGGCCACGCUCAUACCCGCUACCUUCGAGCUGAAGGCACCCAUCGAGUCUUUGCCACAAAUUUAGGUUACUUAACCGUGUAGGUUGGUAGUAGUAGGCAACACAAUUCCAGGCAAUUUACAUACCAUUUCCGCGUUUUCUCCAUUCCAUAGUUAGUUAACGUGGCAAUGGUACCUAUGUAUAGAUUGCUAGCAAUGAGGAGGCACACUGACAUCUCGCCAGGCGGCGCCUGUGCAAGUGUCUAGGCAUGUCACUGUCAUUCAUAUGUGAGAGAGAGAAAAAACAUAUCAUCUUCUCUCACGUAUGAAAUUCUUUAUCUGUGCAAUGGACUAAUAGGGUGGCGCCAUCUAUCAUAACCUUUGAGUGUGCUUCCUCAUUGUAUUGCCCAUGUAACAGCACUGUUAGGCUAAGAUGUAUGGAAGAGUUUUAGGUGUUAACUUGUAAGCGAACCCAGAAAUAUUUGUCAACUAAUCGAUUAGUUUCAAUUUCAUGUAAAAUGGAUGUUGAUUAAACGGAUAACGGUAAAAACAUUUUUUUCUUAAUUUUCCAAAAUUU